GUUAGAUGUGACCUCUGUUUAUAAGAGCUUUGGCUGUUGCUUCUUUUGUGGGUCCUUCAAGGACAGGAGCAAGAAGAUCCUGAGAUAGAUAGAGACCAUGGAGCAGAAGGAGGAACUUGCCAAGAUGGAGUCACUUUGUUUGCUUUGCUACCUCCACAGGGAGCCUAGAAGCCAGAGGGAAUGGGCCCUGGGAGCCUCAGACCUCCUCUUCAGGAGAUGGUGACAUUCAAGGAUGUGGCUGUGGACUUCACUAAGGAGGAGUGGCGGCUCUUGGACUCCUCUCAGAAGGAGCUGUAUAAGGAGGUCAUGUUGGAGAAUGCCCGGAACCUGCUCUCCCUGGGGCUUCCAGUUCCCAAAGAAGAGGUGAUCUCUUAUUUUGAGCAAAGGGAAGCAUCCUGGAUGCUGGACCAAAAAGGCCUCAGGAGCUACUCUCCAGAAGGAGUGAACAGACUUGGAAUGAUGGAAACUAUUGCAGAUCUAAGCCAUUCUGUUACAGAAACUCACAAGCAGAGAUUUAUGGAUGAUGGUCUCUAUAACUUUAUUGGGAGAGAAAUCUAUGCAAUAUAUGAAAGUAUCCAGCGUAGAGAGAAACAUUAUGAAUGUAAUCAAUGUGGAAAAGGUUUUAUAAAAAAGGAAACUCUUACUGCACAUCAGAGAAUCCACACUGGUGGGAAACCUUAUGAGUGCAACCAAUGUGGCAAGAAGUUUAAUCAAAGGAAAAAUCUUACCAGACAUGAGAGAAUCCACACUGGGGAAAAACCUUAUGAAUGUAACCAGUGUGGAUUGACUUUUAGACAUAACAAAAGUCUUAUUGUACAUCAGAGAAUUCACACUGGAAAGAAGCAUUAUGAAUGUAAUCAAUGUGGCAAGGAUUUUAGUCAAAGGAAAGCUCUUACUAGACAUCAGACAAUGCACACUGGAGAGAAACUUUAUGAAUGUAACCAAUGUAGAAAAACUUUUAAAUGGAAAAAAUUUCUUACUAAACACCAGAGAAUCCACACUAGAGAGAAAUCUUAUGAAUGCAACCAAUGUGGAAAGGCUUUUAAAGAUAAAGGACGUCUUAGAAUACAUCAGAGAAUUCACACUGGAGAGAAACCUUAUGAAUGUAACCAGUGUGAAAAAACUUUUAAAGUUAGAGGAAGUCUUAUUACACAUCAGAGAACCCACACUGGAGAGAAACCUUAUGAAUGUGACCAAUGUGGGAAGGCUUUUAUAUAUAAGGAAAUUUUUAUUGUACAUCAGAGAAUCCACACUGGAGAGAAACCUUAUGAAUGUAACCAAUGUGGAAAGGCUUUUAGAAAACGGGCAGCUUUUACUGUACAUCAGAGAAUCCACACUGGAGAGAAACCUUAUGAAUGCAAUCAAUGUGGGAAGGCUUUUAGAGAAAGGAGAGUUCUUAAUGAUCAUCAGAGAAUCCACACUGAUGAGAAACCUUAUCAAUGUAAGCACUGUGGAACAGCUUUUAAAAGUAGAGGAACUCUUAGUACACAUCAGAGAAUCCACACUGGAGAGAAACCUUAUGAAUGUAACCAGUGUGGAAAGUCUUUUCUAUAUAAGAAAACAUUUAUUGAGCAUCAGAGAAUCCACACUGGAGAGAAACCUUAUGAAUGUAAUCAAUGUGGGAAGAGUUUUGGUCAAAGGAAAGCUCUUACUAGACAUCAGAAAAUUCACACUGGAGAUAAACCUUAUGAAUGUAAUCGAUGUGGGAAGGGUUUUAGAGAAAGGGGAAUUCUUAUUCAGCAUGAGAGAACCCACACUGGAGAGAAACCUUAUGAAUGUAACCAAUGUGGAAAGGCUUUUAGACAAAAGGGAGCUUUUAUUCAACAUCAGAGAAUGCACACUGGGGAGAAACCUUAUGAAUGUAACCAAUGUGGAAAGGCUUUUAUACAAAAGAGAACCUUUAUUCAACAUCAGAGAAUCCACACUGGAGAGAAACUUUAUGAAUGUAAACAAUGAGGAAAAGCUUUUAAAAAUAGAAGAACUCUUAGUAUACAUCAGAGAAUUGACACUGAAUGUAGCCAAUGAAGAAACACUUUUACAAAAAAGAAUGUUCUUACUCUACAUCAGAAAAUCCACACAGGAAAAAAACCUUAUGAAUGUAAUCAAUGUGGAAAGGCUUUUAAAAGUAGAGGAGCACUUAGUAUACAUCCAUGAAUCCACACUGGAGUGAAACUUGUAAAUAUAGCCAAUGUGGAAAGAUUUUUAGACAUAAACAAAGUCUUAUUGUACAUUAGAGAACCACAUUGGAGAGAAACUUAUGAAUGUGACCAAUGUCACAUUUUAAAAAGGGAACUUUUUGAGUGGAUAACAAUCAGAGAAUGGAUGAAUAAGUUAAGAUAUAUGAACAUUAUGGAAUAUUAUUGUUCUAUGACAAAUGGUCAGCAGGAUGAUUUCAGAGAAGCCUGGAGAGACUUCCAUCAUGAUAUUAAAUGAAAUUGGAUUAUUUGCCAUCUAAGGGAAGGGGUGGGAGGAAGGGAAGGACCAAAUUUGGAGCACAAGGUUUUGUAAGGGUGAAUGUUGAAAAUUAUCCAUGCAUAUGUUUUGAAAAUAAAAAGAAAAAAAAAAAGGAA